GAUUAUUGGCAAAAGGAGCGCAAUGGCAGUGGGACGGGGAUCAGGAAAGGGCUUUCCGGAAGACUAAGCAGGCUAUGGCCGAAGCUAAGUUCCUGGUUCACUACAACCCCCGGCAACAGUUACGGCUAGAAUGCGACGCGUCGCCAGACGGCUUGGGUGCAGUGUUGUCACAUCGCAUGCAUGGGAAAGACUACCCCAUAGCGUUCCGGUCGAGAACGCUGACGAAGGCAGAGCGUAAUUAUUCACAGCUCGAGAAGGAGGCGUGGGCGCUGGUUUUUGGAGUUACCAAGUUUCGAGAUUAUCUGUUCGGCAACCGCUUUACGCUCGUCACAGACCACAAGCCGCUGACAGCGCUGUUCCACCCUGAAAGAGCAAUUCCACAAAUGGCGGCGGCUAGAGUACAGCGUUGGGCGUUACUACUCGCAGCCUACCAGUACGAUCUCGAGUACCGAAAAGGAGACCACAAUGGGAAUGCAGACGCUCUUAGUCGUCUCCCGUUGCCGGCGCAGGAGGAGGGCAGCAGUGAAGUGCUCUCUGAAUAUGUGCUGCACACGCGGGGGUGGGACGACCAACCUAUGUCCGCCCAGCAGAUGGCCACCCUGACUACGCGGGACAGCCUGCUUCGCCAAGUAAAAGCCUGGAUUUACGCCGGAUGGCCGUCGCACCUGCGCCCGGAGCAGCACCAGUUCCUACCGUACUUCAGCCGCAGAUCUACCCCUAUGAAAGAGGGCAAGUCGCCAGCCGAGUUGUUGUUAGGCUUCAGGCCCAGGACAAGGCUAACCGGCUUCUUCCCGAGGGGCGAGGAAGCGCAGCACAGCGUGGUCGAGCCGCAAGCCCCGGCCACGACACCACCGCCAUUUUCGCCAGGAAUGCCGGUCUGGUCACGCCAGUUCCAGCCGAGGCGGAGAUGGCUACCGGGGACUGUGGUCUCCAGUGAGGGUCGGCGCAUGGUCACGCUACGCACACCGGACGGCCAACAGAGACGGCACCUGGACCAGCUGCGACCUCGAGACGCUUCAGGGUCCCCGGAAGGCGCUGACAAGGCACGUCGAGUCGCCGGCCGGUCGGAGGUGGGAGCAAGGCCGCCCAGCACCGACGAAAGAGAGGUCGCCACCAACGGCGAUCCCGAGGUGACGCCCACAGCAGACCCGGUUCCUCUCAGGCGCUCUACGCGCCUGCGGAAGCCGCCGGACCGUUUGAACUUAUAGGGGGGAGGGGAUGCUGUAUCGCCGUACGGCUGCGUCACCGCAACCAGGAGCGGCGCGUUCCAGCGCAUGCCCGUGCCGGACAUACGUCACCGGCGCGGGAGGUAAAAAGAGAGCGCUUGCCAAUAAACCACGUUUUCAUGUCCCG